AACAACAUUUCACCUUCUUUUCCUCCUAGCCAAAAUGCUUGAGCACGUUUAAGUGAUUAUGGAGUGCGUUUGUCAUGUACUGAACCGAUAGUACACGGAAAAACCGGGGAGAUGAAACUUUGAAGACAACCCAAAGAGCUUCUGCCGAAAAUAUGGCUGUACGAGAGGAAGGAGAGAUUUUGCACAGUAAAAUCAGGCACCACGAUGGGGUUGGCAACGCAAACAGCACAGAGAGCUUCAGGAACGGCUAUGUGAAGAGCUGCGUCACCCCGUUGAAACAAGACCAUCAAAGGGGAUUUUUAUUCAACCUUUGUAGAUUUUGCAAUGAGGAUAUUUUAAACUCCAGACUAUUCCGGGUGUCUGCUAUCUAUGCGGGUGCAUUUGUAGUUUUUGCGGUGUCUUUUUUGAUACCUAGGAGCUUACAAAGUGAACACGGCGUCUUGGAUCUGCGGACUUUUCUGUCUCGCUUCUCGCAGUCCAUCAGUCCUCUGUUUAGCAUAGGUUGCGCGUACUUCUUUUUGACAUUUUAUCUCAGAAGGAAAAAGAGAGAAAGUAGUAGAUGUUGGCUCUUGGCACUUCCAGCAUCAUGCUACUUUGGAGAUUUCAUGGUCCUGCGGUUUUUACAGUGGGGAGAGGAGCAACAUCAGAUGCAAAUGGUGGGCAGGUUGUUAUUUGUACUGGGCUGUGUGGGUUUACUGACUCUCAUCCCCACUUUGAAACUCAAACAUAGUAUUCUGAUUUUGGUGUUCGCCAGUUUGGUGUGGCUGGUCUCAUUCACGAGUCUCAGCUGCCUGCCGCUGUGUCUGAGGCCAGUCUUAGCGUGCUUGGCAGGGGUUUCUGGAUCUCUUCUAGCGCUCUGUUUCGACCAUUACGCCCCCCCAAGGGAAGCGCCGAGUAGGAUCUCCAACGCCGAGGAAAAGGUGCCUGUGAUUAGACCUAGGAGGAGGUCCAGCUGUGUUUCUCUGGGAGAAACAUCAACCAGCUAUUAUGGCAGUUGUAAGAUGCCCCGCAGACCGUCACUGCCUUGCAUUUCCAGGGAACAGAUGAUCCUGUGGGACUGGGAUCUGAAGCAAUGGUACAAGCCUCAGUAUCAGGGGGCCGUGAGUGGAAAUGGUGUGGACCUGUCGGUCAUCAACGAGGCGCGCAACCUGGUGGCAGAGCUCCUGAUGGACUCGUCGCUGUCGCCGCACGUGGUCUCGUCCCUGCGCAGCGUCAGCAGCCUCAUGGGUACCUUCUCAGGGUCGUGCCGGCCGCGCGUCAACCCCUUCACCCCCUUCCCUGGCUUCUACUCCUGCACCGAGGUCGAGGACCCCGGCGAGCGGGGGGAGAGGAAGCCCCCAAAGGGCCUGAGCAGCAGGAACAGCCUGCCCACCCCUCAGCUCAGACGCAGCUCUACCUCCACCCUGCCACCUCAGCUGGAGACGCCCGCCUCACGCUGGGAGCGCAACAACGGCAAGAGAAGCCACCCAGACUACACCAGCAGCGGUCAAGGGUCACUCCCCAACGGGCCCAACAGUAACCUGCUGACCAUCCCCAAGCAGAGGUCCUCCUCCGUAACCCUCACCUACCACACCAUCCCCCGGAGAGCAGGCACCUCUCCCAGCCUGAGUCCAGUAAGCUCCCCCAGUCACAGCCCCCCGGUGCCGGGCUCGUCGAUGGUGACGCGCUCCCCUGUGGAGUUCCCCGACACGGCUGACUUCCUCACCAAGCCCAGCGUCAACCUGCACAAGCCCCUGGGCUACACCCUCAGCUCGCCCGACUUCCAGCAGCAGUACCGCACGCCCUCCGCCACCGCAGCGUCCCUCUGCACCAGCUGUGGCCGUCAGAUGCUGAAGAGCGCAGCGGCUGGCGGGGAGCCCGGGGAGAGCCAGGCGUCCUCGCCCACAGAGGCCCAACGCAGACGCUCAGCAGGUGAGAGUAUGGGUUUUGCCGGAGAGGGCCUGAUCCGAGAGGAGAGUGUGGAGGCCGAGCCACAGGAGGAAAAGGGUCCAGUCGCCCAGACGAGAGAUGGCCAGUCGGAAGAAGAGGAGCCCAGUCCUGCUGAGGAGGCCCAGAGCCAGGAGCCUGAGAGUGAACAGGACUUCAAGCUUGACCCCUUCCUGGAGGAGCAUGAGGAGAUCAUGGAGAAGGUCAACACCUGGAACUUCCAGAUCUUUGACCUGAUGGACAGAACAGGAGGGAAGACAGGCAGGAUCCUCAGCUACGUGGCCUACACUUUGUUCCAGGACGCAGGACUGUUUGAAAUCUUUAAAAUCCCUGUGCGGGAAUUCAUGACGUUCUUCUGUGCUUUGGAGAAUGGCUAUCGGGAUAUUCCCUAUCAUAACCGUGUCCACGCUACUGAUGUCCUCCACGCCGUAUGGUACCUCACCACCAGGCCCAUCCCGGGCUUUCAGCAGAUCCACAGUGAGCAUGUGACAGGAAGUGACACAGACUCAGACAGUGGGAUCUCUCCCGGCCGGGUGCCCUACGCCACCUCCAAAAGCUGCUCCAUCUCUGACGACAGCUACGGCUGCCUGACCUGGAACGUGCCCGCCCUGGAGAUCAUGGCUUUGUAUGUAGCUGCCGCCAUGCACGACUACGACCACCCCGGGCGUACAAACGCUUUCCUCGUAGCCACUAAUGCCCCUCAGGCUGUGCUGUAUAAUGACCGCUCGGUCUUGGAGAACCAUCACGCUGCGUCAGCGUGGAGCCUCUUCCUGUCCCGGCCGGAGUUCAACUUCCUGUCCAACCUGGACCACGUGGAAUUCAAGCGCUUUCGCUUCCUCGUCAUCGAGGCCAUCCUUGCCACUGACCUGAAGAAGCACUUUGACUUCCUGGCCGAGUUUAACACCAAGGUGAAUGAUGUGAACAGUCCAGGAAUUGACUGGACUAAUGAGAACGACCGGCUGCUGGUGUGCCAAGUGUGCAUUAAGCUGGCAGAUAUCAACGGGCCAGCCAAGGGCCGGGACAUUCACCUCAAGUGGACAGAAGGCAUAGUCAACGAGUUUUAUGAGCAAGGGGACGAGGAGGCCAGUCUGGGAUUACCCAUCAGCCCCUUCAUGGACCGCUCCUCGCCCCAGCUGGCCAAGCUGCAGGAGUCCUUUAUUACGCACAUCGUGGGGCCACUCUGCAACUCGUACGACGCCGCCGGCCUUCUGCCAGGCUACUGGAUCGACGAAGAGGGCUCAGAGGAUGAGGAGGACGCAGAAGAGGAGACGGAAACAGAUGAAGAUGAGCUGGAUGAGGAGCUUGAACCAAAAAGGAGAAAGCGCAGGCGUCGGCUCUUCUGCAACAUCAUGCAGCACCUAACGGAGAACCACAAGGUGUGGAAGAAGACCAUCGAGGAGGAGGACAAGGGCAAGCAGCAGCAGCAGGAGCAGGAGGAGCAGGAGCAGCAGGCAGAGAGCCCCAGCUUGCCCACCUCCCCCUCUGACGACAUCCAGGUCAUUCAGGAGGAGGCAGAGGAAGAGGAGCGCCAGUAGCAUGAGGAAGAACACACACACGCACACACACACACACACACACACACACACCAUGGGCUGGAAGCUUAGGGAGCAAAACGCUUGGCUCCCUCUUCCUCUGAAUGACAUGAACUGACACACAGACACACACAUACAAACGCUCACACACACACACACACACACACAAACACACACAAAUGACGUCCUCAAGACACAGGAUAACCCCCCACUCCCCCUUUUCCGCUCGACCUCUACACGCUGAAAUGGCCACUGUGCCGACACUCAGACGCUGAUGCAGUUCACGUUCUAUUGAUAAACAAAAGGCCUUACUACUGUGAGAGGAUCCUUGCUGCAAUGGUGGGAACCCCACUCCUAUGCACUUUCACCCCAUGGAGAAUUGGAAGAGAAGGACCACAGCGCCCCGUCGACUCCUGUCCCGCCCCGCCGCGGGGACGUACCCAGAGACGCAGAGACGUUGCCUCCAUGGUCAAACUGGCUGUGAUGCUGCCUUGAACUCCUGACUCUUAACUCUCCCGUAGGUACUUCAAAAGAAAUAUAGAUCUAUUUAAAAUGAAAAAAAAAAAGAUGAAAAACAUUAGGAAAAAAAAAGAACACAAAAGUGAUACACAUGUUACCAAAGCGAACAGUUCAAACAUGGAGAAAAAAAGACUUGAGGCUGAGACUAUCAGGCUCCGAGUCAGGAAUAUUCUAGAAACAGAAAUCAAAUGUGCCUGUCUGAACCUUUAUGGUCUUUAGUGGUCCAAGAGAUGGACUGCUGUACCCUGCACUAGUUGUGUGCAGUCUCCCUCCUCAUGCUGGCGACACAAAACACUGUAUCAGACUCAGUCCCGGGGACACACUGACGUUUUGACUGAAAAAAAAAAAAUGAACGUUAAACCUGCAUCAUUUUGGAUGCUUUUUAUUCAUGUGUACCACCUGCCUUUCAUUUGACUCUCUCUCUCUCUCUCUCUCUCUCUCUCUCUCUCUCUUUGUAUGUUUGAAAGUUUGUGUGUGUAGGCGUGUGAGUGUGCGUGUGGAUUCCCUUGUUAGGAAUGCCAGCUGAUCAUUUCCCCUCUCUUUGCUGUGUUCCAGUCCACCUCUGUUCAAAACGUAGCUCAAAGGACACAAAAGCUGUUGUCAUGAAGGGAUGUUUUUUUUUCCUUUUUUAAGUUUGAAUUAUUGCUUUUUUCACAGUUACUCAGGAUUCACACAAAUAUUACUAAUUAAUUGCAGAUCUAUAGUAUGUUCAGAAAUCACAGAAGGAAGUGAUUGAAAUCUUUUUUUUUUCUAUUUGUACAAUUUCAGUAAACAAAUAGGAGGGCUGACCUUCAGAAUAGUGAUUGCGUGCAAAAAUGCAAAUCGGUUGAGGUUCUAAUGAAAUGCGCUAUUUAUGUUGUAUCAAAGGCCACUGAAAAAAAAUAUUUGAUGUAGACAAGAAUUGUCUCUGAAUUUGCUAGGCCAUGUAUACACAACAGCCAAAUUGCUUGUUUAUGUUGCAUUAGGUUCCAUUUGGCAUUAUAGUAACUCACUGACACACACAACACACUUGCUAGUCUGUUUUCUGUUGAUUUUUACUUUUUUCAAACACUGAUGUUUCACACAAAAUGAUAUGACAGAAAAAAAUGACACAGACACCAAGGCCAGUGGAUGAGUUUGAUGUGACCCAGGGUUUCACCUUGAAAGCUCUACACUUUUUUUAUAUUUUCUUAUUCUUCACCAUGAGGCAGGUUUAAUACUGAUAGUUCUAUAUUUUUUUGUCUGAAGCAAGAACUCUAGGCAUUCCACUAGAAGCAGUGCAUUGAGCAGUGGAGAGAGUGGCUGUUCUAAAAGCCAAGUUUCCUUCAUUGCGGUUGAAAUAUUGAAAAAAAAAAGAAAAAAAAUCAUUUUGUUUUUCAGAAGAGGUAAGUUCUCAAGUAGGCAGUGUAAAUCAAGCUAGUACAUUAAAAAAAGAAAUAAAUGUGCACAUUUUACUACCAAACAAGUGUUUAACCUCUGCACAGGAAGAGUAUCUGCAUAUAUAUAAAUAUAUAUUAUACAUAUAUAUUAUAUUUUUUAAUUAAUCAACUGAAUGCAUCUGUUUUCUACAUAAGGCUGACAUAUAUUGUACAUUGAGAACCUGUAAUUAUCAUCUGUUUCCAGAGUUUCUAUCUAAUACUAUUUACGGAUGUGGAAUUGUAGGGUGUGGUGUUUUACUUUUUCUUUUGAGUACACUGUCUCUUUGUGUUCCUGAUCAUAACCACUCUGUGCCCCCAACACCACCACCCCCAGCCCCCCAAAAAAAAUCCCUUUGAUAAGUUCAGCAUUGUCUGUGAGUAGCACCCCACAGGUGCCAAUCUCAGACUCCUGCUGCCUGCUUGCUUGCAGGAUCAUGAUGCACUUUGGCCCACGUCCAGGAAGUGUGUGUAUGUGAUGUGGGCUCUAGAGUGUGCUCUGAGCAACAUGCACAGGCACAGGUACCGUCAGGAAAGGCUGAAAGGUCUCGCAACCCUAACCCUGACCGUGACCUGGUCUUGGUGAAACCAGUGCAGUGGUAGGUGUCAACCUCAGUCCUUUAUCUAUCUUCAACAGUGAGUGGGAGACUGGGGAUGCUGCCCAGUAAAGUUGCCCCCCAGCCAAUGGGGAGAAGAGAAGGGUGAAGUGAAGUGAAGUGAUGACUAGGCUCUGACCUGUUCCUCUGAGCUUAGCAUACUCUUACCAGUCUGUGCACUGGGGGCACUUCAGCUGGACUUUGUGUGACGCUGUUAGAUUGUGUUGUCACUUGUGUUGUCUAACAGAAGCAGUGGCAGGCUCUCCGGGCCUCAAACUGCCACCCUUCCCCACGUGACCCCCCCCCCCCCUCUCCCCCAAACACACACAUACACACACUCACACAAAUAAAGCCCCUAGUUCAUUUAGUUGUGAAUGCAGAUUGUUUGUUGGCUUCUCAAUGUGCAGACCUGUGCACCAGUUGCAGUGUCCUCCAAUGCCCUUGUCAUCAAAACAUUACUGAACAGCUGUCAUCUUUAUGUAGCAUUUAUACAGUAGUUAUCAAUGUCUGUAACCGGUCAGCUUUUUCCGACAAAUGUGGGGGGGAAAAAAUUGCGUUUGUUGUUAUUUAUAGCUGUCAUAAAAACACCAUCCCUAAAAUGCC